CAGAAAAAAAAAUCGUAGCGUUUCCAAUGUUAUAAAAUUGCCUCUGUAGAAUUUCUCACCAAAUGUGAGCAAGCCAAUCAUGGGAGAGGAAGGAAGGAAGCUGGCGGCAGGCUCACACAAAUGGUGAAAGAAUCACAGGACAGCUGGAAGGAGCAUUUGAUUUUUUCCCCUCUUCCUUCGCAUGGCACACAUCACUGGCUGGUGCUGAAGGUCCAGGGGGGGUGAGGCACUUUUCUUCACCUCAUCAUCAGAGCACUUUUCCAGAUGGCCAGAGCAGACCGAGGCUUCCGCUGACCCCACCCAGGAAUCCCAUCUGUCCAAAAAUCCAAGCAUCCUCAUUUGGUCUGCCGGUUCUCCCCGUAGCUGGAAGCUCUGCAAAAUCAUUUGCAAUCAAUUAUUCCUUCCUACUGGAGCUUUGGGACUCUUCAAGUCUCUUAAGCAUCUUAAAGUUAUUUCGGGCCAGGCAGAUGUUCCGACACAGAUGUGGAGAAUAGACGUCGUCUCAGUUGAGUGAGAAGAAGAAACUGCGCCGUUGGUAGCAACUCCACGCCUCGUUCGGGCGGACCUUGUGAAUACGGCGAUGGCCUUCGCUGAGGCUCGUCAUUGCUUCAACUUAUUUCCUUGACACCAAUUAAGACUUUGAUGAAGACCAGUCGGUCACUCCAUUUUAGAUAGAUCAUUUGAUUUAUUUUUUGGGUCGAGGCAAACUUGAAGUGUUUGUCACUCAGCAGAGGCAAAACAUACACGUGUGACAAAGACUUUCCACUAACAACCUUGGCUAAAACUGAAUUCCUUCCUUCCUUCCUCUUUCUCCGAAUGACAUAUCAUUCAUUUCUAGAUGGGAUAUUUUUGACUUUGCUUUAGUCAUGAAACGCAACAGGAGGAUACAAAGUUGUUGGUUUUUUUUUAAUCACUUUUGUCGUAGAAUGUUGCAAUGCUCAGUUUGCUCAAUGUGGUGACUUUUCUUCCUGUCUUGCACCUCAGCAUGAGCUCAGCCUGUGGAGGGGUGGGGGGGGAUCAGAGAGAGACAGAGAGAGACAGAGAGAGACAGCGAGAGAGUUUUGGCGUGGCUCCAAGCCGUGGAACAAGUGCGCCUCCCCUCGCCUCCCUUCCCUUCGCUUCCCCUCCCUUCCCUUGCCUCCCCUUUCCUUUCCUUCCCUUCCCUUCCUUCCCUUCCCUUCCCUUCCCUUUCCUUGCGUUGCGUUGCCUUGCCUUGCCUUGCCGGCUGCUGUUGAGCGUAUUCAUAGUUCGGGGUUUGGGCUGGUCGGGCUGUUUUUAAAAAGCCAAAGCAGCUCCCAAGUUGAUCAGUCUGCUCCGGAGCCUCCGCUGGAGAAAGUCGCACUAAUUGAAGGGGAGCGCAUGCAGCUAUAGUUGCUGGCCUUUUUGUCGCCCUCUAACGCAAAGACUUUGGCUUUUUUUGGAGUGUCUUCUUUUUGCAGCGGGCGAUCCUUUGGGGGCUUUGGGGCGCCAACUUGUGCACGUCUCCAAUUAAGGUGCUUUUUGCUCUUGUUUUGAAUUCGAUCGCAGCACCACUUGGAUAAAGAAACUUGGCUUUAGCUUUUAAGACUGGAUUAUCUGAUUGAGGCAUUGUGCUUCAUUAGAGCGGUCCACUUUUCCCCCCGCCGCCGCCGCCGCCGCCUCCUCCUGGUCCUCCUCCUCCGCCUCCUCCUGUGCGCCGCUUUUACGCGAUAACUAGGCGAGACGACAACAAUGUUUGGGACUUUGUGCCUGUUGGGGACGCUUCUGUGGGGACUGCGCGGUUACUGCUGCUGGGCUUCUUACGUGCCGUGCGAGCCGUGCGACGACAAGGCCAGGUCCAUGUGCCCUCCGAUCCCGAGCGGCUGCCAGCUGGUCAAGGAGCCGGGUUGCGGCUGCUGCCUCACCUGCGCGCUGAGCGAGGGCCAGGGGUGCGGCGUCUACACGGGGACGUGCGCGCAGGGCCUGCGCUGCCUACCCCGCAGCGGCGAGGAGAAGCCCCUGCACGCCCUCCUCCACGGCCGCGGAGCCUGCAGCAACCAGAAGGGAUACAAGCCGGCGCACCCGCCCGUAGAGCCCGAGUCCCGGGAGCACGAGGACACGACGGCGGCGGAGAUGACGGAGGAGCUGCAGCCGGCCAAGGUGCCGCUCCUGACCAAAGACAUUGUCAACAGUAAAAAGGUGCACGCCAUGCGCAAGGAGCUGAAGAGGAAGCUGGGCAAGCAGCGCUCCAUGGGCUCCGCCAUGGACUACUCCCCGCUGCCCGUGGACAAACACGAGCCCGAGUUUGGACCCUGCCGGAGAAAACUGGACGGCAUCAUUCAGGGAAUGAAAGAUACGUCUCGAGUCAUGGCUCUCUCUUUGUACCUUCCUAACUGUGACAGAAAAGGAUUCUUCAAACGCAAACAGUGCAAGGCGUCCCGUGGCCGCAAGCGCGGCAUCUGUUGGUGUGUGGACAAGUACGGCGUUCAACUCCCCGGCACGGAUUACAGUGGCGGAGACAUCCAGUGUAAAGACCUGGAGAGCACCAGCAACAACAACGAGUAAAGGACAAACAGAAUACGAGGACCACAAUCAAACAUCAGCCCCCCCCCUUCUCUUCCCCCCUUUCCUCCCCUCCACGACGCACGGCCUACAUUUCCGCUCUGAACAACGCGUGUAUAUGUUCCCGUCUCAGCUCCAGAGUUGUGAACCCUCCUGUUACGUUCCAUUCUCAGGAACAGCGACAAUGUUCUUGAAAUGAAUUGAUGAUGUAGAUCCAUUAUGCCAAGCAGCAAAUGUAAAAAACAAAAAAACAAACUUGACAUGGGUCCAUUUGACCCGUGACAUACGUACAUAACAGGAGGGUUGAGAUUUCCCCUUGAAAAAAUGUCGAAAAUGAAAAGAACACCUGCAGAUUUUUUUUUCCCUCUUCUGUUGUUGACCAAACGCUCAUCUCGGUAAAUGUGGCUCACGGGACCCCUUGUACAAAACUGGCUGACAGAAGUAUGUGUAUGGAAUGAUUUUUUUUUUUUUUUUGAACUGGGAGAGGGCGGGUUGCUGGCUUUCAGGUGGUCGGGACAGUGCCUCACAUUUAUUCACUAAUUGGGGUGGGGGAUUGACGUCAGUGCCUCCCCAGUCAUGAACCUCAGCGCACGUCACUGGUGCUACCUAUUAGCCCGCUUUGUCAGCCAAUACCAGACAAAACCAAAUCAUGUCAUUUUAUUUCAUUCCCCCGGUUUGAUUUCCUUUUGUCACUGCUCGGACAUGGCUGUCCGCUGUGAAUUGGCGGUUUGGCAACGUAAAGAGGACGCCCAUGGCCAGAGGCGUAGCCAGGCAUUUUUCCAGUAGGGGCGCACGACCACAUGAAAAAAAAUCGAACAUCACCCACGCCGUUCGCUGAUCGCUAAAACAACAUCCGGGUCCGGGAGGCAAACGGUGAAUGGAUAACAUCGCGCACAUAGAAUAGCGCAAGCACAUUCGCGCAAGACCGAAGGAAAAAAACGGCAUGAAAACGAAGAAUCGAAAAAGCUCGAUUUUCUUUCAACCGGGGUGCAGGGAGUCCUAACCGGGGCGCCGCCCCGGCUCGCCCCGGCUUGGCUACGCCUCUGCCCAUGGCUCUUUGAGCGUGCGUAGCUAGCCCGAUAUGCCAAAUGUGCCUAUUUUGAACAGACGCUGCCAAACAGCGACGGUGAAAUCAAAGGCAAGAGAGGAAAAUGCUUUUCGCCCGACGCCACUCAAUUUGGACUAUUUGAGUCGAGCGCACGAUCAGACGUACAAAGUCCGGACAGGCGAGAUUCUCUUGCAUUUGUGCUUUUUGAUUUGCCUUCAGGUAGCCCGCUUUUACCCCGAGCUGUGCUUUUUUUCCCUCUCUGUUUGGUGGAACCAUGUUUUUGAAAUCUAGUCCUUGAGUGUAUGUGUGUGUGUGUGUGUGUGUGUGUGUGUGUGUGUGUGUGUGUGUGUGUGUGUGUGUGUGUGUGUGUGUGUUUUUAAAGCUUCUGCUGCGUCAUUUCACUCGAGUUGCUCCCCAUCUGUGAAUAUGUGUGUGCCCCCUCCCCUCCCCUCCCAGUGCCUUCCUUCAUGCAAAUACAUUUCAUUGGUAAAAUGGACACCGCCCAGGUGACAUUGACUUUUUCAGACAGCCCCUCGCUAGGAGCGACACUUGACACGGGGGUCAAAGGGUCAAGCGAGAGGAACAAUUCCCUUUGCCUGCUUUGAUCGGAAGUGUGACCUACGGGCAGUUGGACCUCCGUUUUGUCCUUCCCAAGUAAUAAGCUAAGAUUCAUGCAAGCCUCUUUGAUUUUCUUGUUUGUUGCGUGACUGCCAAUGUAUAUACGUAGUUGGUCGAGAGAGAGAGAGAGAGAGAGAGAGAGAGGGAGAGAGAGAGAAAGAGCGAGCGGCUGCCAGAGGACGUUUGUUUUGGACGUGAAGCAACACGCAAAGCAAAACAUGCUUGCAGUUGUGAAUAUAGUUUGCGCAGGCAGGCACUGCCCCCGACAGCUCCCGACAACCACAAAGGAAAGAGACGAGCAUUGAUAUUGAUCCAACAGGAAGUCAGUGAAAGAGAAGAAAAGAAAGUAACAAAAACACUUGAUGUUGUCCGUGUCAUGUCGUGCUCACCUUUUCAAGGGUCACUUUGGGGGAAAUUUGUUGACAGGGGCUCUGCAUCAUUUGCAGCAAGAGGGCCUGAUUUUUUUUUUUUUAAUUCCGAGGCGGUGACAGGAAGAACGAUCACCUGGUUCAGUGCACAUAUUCAGGGCCGAGCCACUUUCCCCCGACCCAGCGCAUAUCAUUAGACGUCGCUUAGUAAAACAGCAGCCAUGGGGAGGAGGAGCCGCUACGGCGUUUGACAUCUCACCCGAGCCAACGAGCGGCGCAGCGCCAGUGGCGACUUGCUGGCGUUUCCCUCGUGUCUCCCCAUUUUGGUUUUUAGCUCACUUGUCAUACUUUGGUAGUACAGUAACCGCAGCUUUUUCUCAAUAGGUAACACAUUUGCUUGGGUUCGCAUCAUCAGGAUUUGCAAUGACAAGUAAGAAUAAAAGUCAAAUUAUUCAAGCGAAUAUCACUGUGUAAUAUUUAUUCUACUUGUAAUUUAUAUGUACUCUUGUAACCUUUGUCUUUUUUUGUUAUGGCAAAGCAUUUAUUUAAAUAAACGUAUGUAUUCAUUUA